AUGGAUAAGAACUUCAAAGAAGAGUUUAGGCAAAUUAUUAAAUUUGAACCUCCUUUGUACAAACAACGCUACCAGUUUGUUAAAGAUUUAGUGGAGAAGUACAAACCUAAGAAGGUGGCAGAUUUAGGAUGUGCUGAUUGCAGCCUUCUCUGGAUGCUGAAAUUCUGCAGUUGCAUUGAAGUGUUAGCUGGGCUAGAUAUCUGUGCAAAUGUAAUGAAAGAGAAAAUGCAUACAUUGUCUCCUCUUCCUGUUGAUUAUUUGCAGCCAUCUGAAAGAUCCCUAACUGUUACCUUGCAUCAUGGUUCAGUUGCCCACAAAGAUCCUUGCAUGCUUGGUUUUGACUUGGUGACGUGUAUUGAACUAAUAGAACACCUGGAAGAAUCAGAGCUGAAGAAGUUUCCUGAAGUGGUGUUUGGUUUCAUGGCUCCGAGCAUAGUUGUGAUCAGCACUCCAAAUUCUGAAUUCAACUGUUUGCUUCCAAGAGUGGUGUUAUACAGGCAUCCAGACCACAAAUUCGAGUGGAGCCAAGCAGAGUUUCAAAGCUGGGCUCUAGAGACUGCUAGAUGCUAUGAUUACUCAGUGGAAUUUACUGGUGUCGGGCACCCACCAACAGGAAUGGAGAAGGUUGGGUUUUGUACCCAAAUAGGUGUGUUUUUUAGAAAAUACCCUCAAAGUGCUGAAUCUGUUCAGUCUGAGAAACCCAUGGAAGCAGUUUACAAAACAGUCUUCAAAGCAGUGUACCCAAGUCUAAAAGAUGAGAAGUACUUGCAGAAUGCAGUGAUCAGUGAAGUUAUUUUCACAGCCCAAAUCAUUAAGCACCGUUUAAUGUCAAAACGUCAGGAGUACAGUGAUGAUCCUGAGAGAAAAUCCAAAUUCCAACUUCCAAUGGACUAUUUUUCUGACUAUCUUGGAAAAGUGGUUGUUGAAAAAAACAUGGAACCAUUUGUCAGUGGAAAUGAGGUUUACAUACCUCUCAGAACAAUCUUUUCUUUUCCCAAAGUGAAUCGACUUUGUGGUACCUUUGAGAAGUUAUGCAAGCUUAUUGCAGGCAAGGUCACACUGAGCAGUGAUGGUUCUGCUGUGAUGUUCAAUAUUGAACAUGAAAAUGAAGAGAAUUAG